AUGAUAGGCAUCAAGGCAUCAACCGGUGCAAAGCUCUGGCUCGGUAAUCAGGUGCAGUGCUCGGAACCCAUUUUGCCGUCAACCACUCCAACUCGGCCCUGGGAAGAGGUGGGCGUAGAUCUUUUUCAUUUGAACGGCCUGGACUACAUCCUUCUGGUGGAUUACCGGUCACGCUUCCCGGAGGUCAUCAGCCUGCGCUCGACGUCAGCACCUGCAGUCAUCAACGUCAUCAAGAGCGUCUUUGCGCGCCACGGGAUCCCGAAACUGGUGCGCAGCGAUAACGGUCCUCAGUUUGCUGCAAGAGAGUUCUCUGCCUUCGCCGAUUCCUACGGUUUCCGCCACGCCACUAGCAGCCCCCAUUUUCCACAUUUGAAUGGGAAGGUGGAACGGAUGGGGAGUACGGUCAAGGACCUGCUGCAGAAGGCGGAUGAUCCCUACCUUGCGCUUCUGGCAUACCGGGACACCCCUGGGGUAAACAGAGUGAGCCCUGCUCAGCUGCUCAUGGGCAGGCGCCUACAGACCCGGGUACCGAAGGCGUCGCACCAGCUGGAGCCUACCUGGCCGCCGUCGGUCCCAUUCACUCGGCGUGACCAAGAUAACCGGAGGCGCCAAGCAUCCGACUUCAACAGAAGACACGCGGCUCAUGAACUCAGACCUGUUCAGGCAGGCAAGCAGGUCUCGGUACGGGACGUCAACUCCCCCGCGAUCGUCAUGGGGCUGGCUCAACGCCCUCGGUUAUAG